UUAGGUGGCGGGCGGCGAGGCGCGGCGCGGGCCGGGGCGGAGUUGAGGGCAGAGGAUCCCUGGCGGUAGGAGCAGACUUCGCGCGGCCGGUAGGCUCCAGCCAGGAGGUGUGGCGGGCCUCUGCGGACACUAGGCGGCCCCAGAGCGGAUGCGGCGGCCGCCGCCCUCGGGCCCAGCGACGGCCCCGGGGCGUGAGGGCGACACGCGAGGUCCGAGGAAGCGAGGCCGGCGGUCCGGGCCCGAGUCAAGUGAGGUGGAAGAUAGCGGUCCUGAGGCCGGGAGGCGCGAGGAGAGCAGACAAAAGAGGAGGAUGGUGGCCCGGGCGUCUGAGAGAGAAGAGGUGGAAAGUGACCAGUCGGCCAGGGAAAAAAGAAAAGUUACUGAAGCCUCAAGUGAUGAUCCACAGCCAGGGACUGACCUGGUAAGAAAGGAAUCGUUAACCAGUUCGGAAUCUUUCCAAAAAGUGGAAUACAGUGAAUUUCAAAAUAUGGCUUUCUUGCAGUCUUCGGGUAAGGAAGGUUUGGUAGAAGGUAUUAAAAGAAAAAUUCGCAUUAAAAAAUGUAAAAGCUUAGAAAGCCCACCUCUCAAAAUAACUGAAAAUAAGUCUUCACAAAAUAUUAAGGUUGAAUUCCAAGAUGAACUGUACAAGAAUACUCUGAAAUAUUCUUGUAACAGCUUGUCCCCUGGAGUAGAAAAUAAUCCCAUUUUAAAAUUACAGGAUUACAAUUAUUUCCCCCAUUCCAAGCAUUUUAAUGGUGAAAAUAGCCUUGCAUGUAAACCUGAUGGUGGAUAUAUGCAUGUACCAGAAAAUUCCUCAGAGUUAAAGAAAGAAAACCCUAGGAGUCUUGCAGAUAAGAGUGACACAAAUAAUAUUUUUCAGCUUUUACAAACUGAAGAAAACGUAAUGCCAGUAAAUAAGUUACUGCUUGAAGAGAAUGAUUUACACCAAAGUAAAAAUAACAGUUUGCUUUCCUACCUUCAAAGUGAAAAAAAUAAAUAUUCGCUAGAGGAGAGCAGUGUUGGGAAAAAACCCAAAAAAAGGAUGAAGGUGUCUGAAAAAGGAGAUGAAAUGGUUUUUGAGGUGAAGUUCUCUAAAGUGUAUAACCAGUCUGAAUUGGUGUUACAAGAAAACCAAACAGGUGCUGAAAGUAAAGAAGCAGAGACUUUAGAGGCUAAAAAAUGUCCUUUAAAGGCUUUGAGAAAGAUAAACCAUGAUACACUGUCACCAGUGAAUCAUUUAUUAAGUCUUCCUGAAACAUUGGGGAAAAAAACAAGUCCUGAACAUCCUGUAAAUGCUAUGUUUCAGAACACCCUUGAGCCACUUUUGAAAGAAGAAACAAAGAUUGCUUCAGAGCCCUUAGGAUCUAGAAGCAUGGAUCCAGAAGAGUAUUUUAAGUCUAUGAAAAGCUCAAUAGUGAAGUCACCUAGCAGUUGCCAUCCUAUUGAAAAGAGAUCUUCAAGGGAAGACUUGAAGAAUGAAGCUGAAGAAUCUAAAUUAAGCUGUCGCAGAACAAUACCAAUGACUGGCAAGAGAACUUGGCCUUGUUACUCAUGCGCUAGAAUUUCUGCCCAGUGUUGGAAAAAGACUUCCUUGCCACAAUCAAAUAACUCUCUUCCUGGGUCUCUGGAAUGUUUUAGGCAAGGUGAUUUCCUUAAACAGCAAGCAAAUCAAACUUACUUAACUGACUCCAGAUUAAUGCUACAGAGUUCCCUAACAGAAACAAACAGUGAAUCUUCAAGUAAAGAAAAAUUGGAUUCUAAUUUAAAUUGUUUAUCUUCAGGCUCUGCAGUAGAACCUACUUUAAUGGUUAAGAAAGAACCUAUAAUCAAUGAUGAUAAAAAAUUGAAGUCAGAGGAACUUAGCAGAAGUGAGUCAGAGGUCAUUUCUAAUGCUACUGAAGAUACUCCAUUAACCUGUAUGACUCAAAACUUAAUAGGAAGUAAAAAAAAAGAUAGAGGGAAUUUUACAAAACUUAAUUUAGCAGUGGCUUCUCAGGAUGGCCAGGAAGCCAAUAACUCUAUAAACAAAACUAUUCAUCGAAAAGCAUGCGUGGCUAAGCAGACACUUGUGGUUCCAGAUUUGGUCAAGAUACUGAACACAGGACGGCUGACUAAUUUUAAAAUUCCUUUACUUAAGAACAAAACAGAAAAAAGAAAAGAAAUAAAUGCCAGGUCAUCAGAGAGAGAAGUAUAUAGUCCCCUAGAACUUCUUGACAAUUUAUCUGGGGCAGAGGUAAGACAGAAUAGGACUAAAGAAGAUGUUGCCACAGUAACUUCGGGACCUCAAUCGUUGAGCAUACAAAACAGUGUAAUUCCAGUACAAGUUGGUACUGACUCAUACUGCAGUAAGAGUUCCUGUAUUAUUUCUUCAAGCUUUCUAAAGCGUGGUAAGGGUAGUAAACCAUCUAACCACAUCUCUAAACCAGGCAAUGUUAUUUCUAAUAAGGAAGCUAUUUCUCUCACAGUUGAGAAUACCUUUUCUCAUGAUCCUGGGUGUAUAGAGAAAAGUCCUGCCCUCUGCUCUAAUGAACAAAAAACAUUCGAACCAGUUUCCUCUGAAGCUAGUGGUAGAAAAAUUACUGAGAACUUCGCAGAAAUUAAAGUGGGGUUUCCAGAUAUUCUUAAAGCAUAUGAAGAUGAUGUCCUCUUAAUUGAUGUAAUUCAAGAUGACCCAGACCUCUUUGGAGUCUCCAAUGAAGGGGAGCUCUCACUUUCUUCAGAGGUUCCCAUGUUAAGCCAGGAGCCCAGUGUUGCCGAAGAGCACCUAUCAACAGACUCCAAGCACAUGAAACUUCCAGAAAAAAAAGAACCAAGAGAUGACUUGAGAGAACUCCCUGUGCUAGAUCCUGGACCAGUGAAGUCAGAGAUCUGUGCUUCCUUAUCAGCAGCAAAUGAGAUAAAACAUGAUUCCAAAGGUGCAAACAUUUCCUUAGAAAUUACUGAUGAGACCUCUGCAAAUGAAAAACUGGGAGACAUCAGUGAACAUACAAAACGUUCAGACUUGGAUGAAAAGUGUAGAUUUUCAGACCAGGUGACUAUUCAAGCCGAAAAAGAAAAUAUUUAUGAAGUUUGCAAAAGUAGCGAUUCUAAAAAUACAGAGCUUCUGGUUGGUGACUUUCACUUAGCAGCACUGGGUCCCAAACCUCUGUGUUUAUCAGUGCCAGUGCCACCUUUGGAUCUCAUUGCUCGUCAGGAAGACACACUACUGAAGCCCUGGAUGAAUGAUUUCAGAUUUCCAGGAAAACAUUCUCUCCUAAAGCUGCAGAAUUCUGACAUUUAUGAACUAUUUAAGAGGGAAAAAACUGUGGGGGUGUUCCAGAAGCCCCUUGGGUUGAUGAUACCCCAUAGAUAUUGCAAAUUUCAUUUUAAUACAUUACGUGGCUGUGAGCGAUCACAGUGCAAGUUUGCUCACGUGCCUGAGCAAGGGGAUGAAAAGGUUUGCAUGGACGUGCUUAAGAAGUAUAUAAGUAUCAACGAGUUGUGUUUGCUACAACGUGCAGUAAACAUGUUUAUGGAAUACUACAGAAAUUUUCCUCCGGGUAUGCACUUUGAUUUACAGGUGCUAAAUGACCUUUUAAAUUCUUUACUCAAACACUGUUUAUUGAAAGAAGUAUUUCAGGUAGUGAACCUCAGCAUAAUGAUUAAAAUGCUGCCUGCUCUGAAAAUAUUACUAAAAAUAUUUGAGCAUGUAGCAACUAUGAAAUUAAGGAAUGCUGUACCUGCUCUAAUUGAUAUCUUUUGCAAGCUUGUUGAAGCUGGGAUGGUACUGGACCCAGAAUACUUUAACUAUAUUGUUAAGCUUUUAUACCAAGUACAAGCUUCCAAGCAAGAAAUAACUGCAGUUCUGGAAAUGAAAUCCAGGUUACAGAUGAGGCAAUUUAAAAAGAACUGGAAGUGUGAUUUAGAGUCAGCCUUGAAAGAAAUAGAGCAUUGUAAAGAAAAAGGUGACUGGACCAAAUUGGGAAAUUUAUACGUUAAUGUAAAAAUGAGCUGCGAAAAAUUUGUGGAUUUCCAGAGAUUUUGUGCUUGUAUUGCUGAAACACUAACAAAAGACUGUAAAGAAGAGAGAUCAGGUGUUCCAUUCUGUGAAUUUGCUGAAACAGUUAGCAAAGAUCCACAAAAUAGUGAAGUAGAUAAAACUUUGCUGGGAAGAAUUGGAAUCAGUGCUAUAUACUUCUAUCACAAGCUGUUGCAGUGGUCCAAGGGAAGGAAGGUCUUGGAUAAACUGUAUGAAUUAAAAAUACAUUUUACAAGUUUAAAAGGACUUAUAGGGCCUGAGAAGUUAGCGCCAAGAUGUCAAAUUGUGAAUAUUGCAGCAGAAAUUUUCCUGAAAAGUGGAAGCCUAGAUGGUGCCAUUUGGGUGUUAAGGGAGUCAGAAUGGAUCAUCAGUACGCCACUGUGGCCUUGUGAUAGACUGGAUGUGCUCAACCGGCAUAAUCUGCUUUGUACAAUUGCACAUGAAAUCUUAGCAAAGAGCCUCUACAGACAGACAUUUGAAGUUUUGCAAAAUCUACCAGGUUUUCAAAAUUCUCAAGAAACUGUGGAGGUCUCACAGUAUAGCCUUCUUUUUAAUAAACUUCUAGAUGCCUGUAUAGAAAGCAAUAGUCUUGGUAUGUCAUCCUCUGUAGCAGAAUUCAUGAUUUCAAAGAACAUCCCUAUUGAUUUUUCCUUUCUUAGAAGAUUAAUUACUUCUUUGGGAAGGAGUUGUUUAUGGCUCAAAGCCAGAGCCCACUACAAAAGUGCGCUUUCACUGGGUUGCUACCCACCACUGGAGGGAAAUUUGUACCGGAAACUUCUACUAAUUCCUUCCUAUUUGUCUGAGAUUGAAAUGCUUUUAGCUAUUGAAAUCUUCCUGGUAUCUAAUGCUAGUAGUAUUCAGAGUCCUGGAACUUCUACACAGAUGCUGCAGAUAGUUUUAAAAAGAUGCGAAGAAAACAAAUCUCGGAGCAAGGACGAUUAUCAAGCUGCAGUGGAAAGAUUAAUUAUGGCUGCUCGUAUAUCAGAUCCAAAGCUUUUCAUUAAGCACAUGACCGUCAAUGUUAAUAAGGAACAGGUUUAUAGUUUGGAACAUUGUUCUGCCCUCAAAUGGUUGAAAGAGAAUAUGAAGUGGGCUGGAAAGGUUUGGCUUUUCAAUAACCGUUAGUUAUUAAAGACUUUUUUUUAAGUUCAAGUAAUCAUUGUUGAAAAUAA